UGGCGCUUGACGUUGUCGUGGCCGACUAGACUGUCCAGCUCCUGGACAGCCUCUUCGCGGGCCGUCUCGCGAUUUUGACGGUCGCGCUCGGCCAGUUCCUCUGGUGUCGGCUGGGGAGGGACCGGAGUCCGAGGAAGACUCUCGGGCUGUCGUUGUGAUUGUGAUUCAGGCUCUGAUCGGGCAGGAGCCUGGAUCUGUGUCUGGGAUUGUGCCAUGAUGCGUGGCGAGGUCUGCGCCGGAGUCUGUGUCGACGCGGUCGACUGCUGCGGUCGCUUGGAGGACCACAGCGAAAAGGGGAAGAAGGGGAACCGCGAUGUCGAUGACGGCCGGGUCAUCGAGCAGUCCAUAUUGCGAAACGGAUAGACAAACAGUCGUGCAAGGAGGGGCCCGACAAUCGGGAGCAUGAAGGGAUGAAAGAUGAAAGACUUGUUGGUCAUUCACAGAGGAGCAAAGCAGCAGAUGGUCAUGGAGGGGGGUUGCAGUGUUUGGGAAAAUCUCCUGGAGCCAGCGUCCUCAUGGCCAUAUUUAACAGCGAUGCCGGCUGGGCAGCAGAAAUCCCCGAGAAGUGAAGCAGUCCGGCAGUCAUGGAAGGGAAGUUCAGUCAGUCAGAC